AUGACUCCCAAAUAUAAGGAAAUCUCAGCCAUUGCACGCAAGCGCCGUGACGAUUUGUUGACGACUGCUUAUGCCCUCCCUGAAAUAAACGAAGAAAACCUGCCAAAGGAUCUGAGAUCCUACCCAAAGGAAUCAGGCCUCUUCACGAAAGAAGAACUCGAAAUCCUCGAUUUGGAUGCGGUGGAAAUUCUUCAAAGAAUCAAAGAUAGAAAACUGACCUCGGUGGCUGCAACGAAGGCCUUUUGCAAAGCAGCAGCUGUUGCACAGAAAUUGACGAAUUGUGUUACCGAGGUGCUCUUUGCCGAAGGACUAGAGAGGGCCAAAUAUCUGGAUGAUUAUCUCGAGAAGAAUGGAACCGUGGUUGGUCCGCUCCAUGGUUUGCCCUUAUCUCUCAAGGAUAACUUCAUCACCGCUCCGCACCCGGCAUCCAUUGGACUGGCAGUGUAUGCGAACGAGCCGACAGAGAAAGAUGCCCUCCUGGUGACCAUGUUACGGGAUCUGGGAGCAGUUUUCUACGUCAAGACAAAUGUUCCGACCGCCAUGAUGAUGAAUGAAACGAAUAAUAACAUCUGGGGAGAGACCAGAAACCCAAUUCACAAAGGCCUCAGCCCCGGAGGCUCCUCAGGUGGAGAAGGCGCGCUCAUUGCAAUCAAGGCUUCCCCCCUCGGAGUAGGAACGGAUAUUGGUGGAAGUAUUCGCAUUCCCAGCGCAUUCUGUCAUCUCUACGGUCUGAAACCGUCCUUCGGGCGCUUUUCCACUGCGGGAGGCCAGCCAGGUAUCCCCGGUCAGGACUUUAUAUAUUCUGUCUGCGGGCCCAUGUCGAGAUCUCUGCAGUCGGUGAGAUUAUUCUGCGAGGCCGUCUGCUCGGAACAAGCAGCGCCCUGGAAUCUCGAUCCGAAGAUCGUACCGAUCCCGUGGAGAAGGAAUGUGAUCCAGCCGCCAGGUAGAAAACUCAAACUGGGUCUUCUCCGCCAUGAUGGGAGGGUGACCCCUCAUCCUCCUGUUGAACGUGCAUUGGAAAUUGUGAGGAAGGUUCUGACGGACGCGGGCCACGAAGUGUUUGAUUGGGCUCCAGUCGACCAUCCUGCAAUAGUUGAUGCGGCAACGGAGGCUUUCGCGGAACUGGGUAGUGAUGCCAUUAUUCCACAGCUCACGGAGUACGACGAGCCAGUCUUCAAGGCCAUCGAGCGUCAAUUCGGGGGAGAUCCAACCAAAUUCAAUCCAGCAAAGCUGCGACAGAUGAUUAUAAAUAGGAAUCAGCUUCAGAGAGAUUAUCUCGAUCGGUGGACGGCUACGCAGAAGAACGGAGAGCUAGUGAUGGACGGUAUAAUCAGCCCAGUCGCGCCCCUGGCAGCGAAUCGACUCGGAUUUGCAGAGAGAGGGCUGUAUAUCUCUUACACCGUGGUCUGGAACUUGCUCGACUAUUCAGCAUGCACGUUCCCGGUGACAUAUGCGUCGCAAUCAAUCGAUGUUAAACGCGGAGCAGAAUGGCAGCCUCUCAGCGAGCUAGAUAAGGUGAUCCAAAGCGAGUACGAUCCCGAGUUCUAUGAUGGGGCACCUGUGUCAUUGCAAUUGGUGGCAAUGGAAUACAAGUGCCGUGCUUGCCUAGUUUUGAAUGUCUGGGCCAGUCAGUUCAGAUGGUCGCACUUGCCUGAUAAGGUAGUAUUAUUAAUCUCGCGGCUGGACGCGACUUCCGCGCGUUUGUGCCAAGCCUGCAGCUUCCGUGGGAGCUCCGGUUGCCAUGUGCAACGAGUGCCAUCUCGGCCUCUCCACCAUUUGGCAACCCACCAUCUGUCCGCACCCAGCUCUCUCCUCUUCAGAUAUCAGAGCGAAAACGCAGAGAUUCCUGUCUUCUAUUAUAGCUAUUGCUCACUUCCCUUCUUUUCGACUUCUCCAGCCAUGCCGCCGCGUCGCCGAACGGGCCAGAGUGCCACCGCUCGAACCCAUCAAUCAACGCUCUCCUUUGGAUCGAAAUCCAGAGUCACCAAGCCUUCAGCGACGCCGGUUUCCGCAAAGAAAGCCAAGGAUGUGGACUAUGUCAUUGAUAAAUCUGUUUCGGAGACCUCGCCUGACACUUCGGUGGAUGCUCAGACCUCAGUAGCCCCGCCGUCAGAAACUUCCCAACCGCACAUCGCUGAGGUUGUCGUGAGAGAGCAAGCAAAGUCAGAACUCGAGCAGCCUCUGACCGAAGAAGACAAAAGAGCAUUGCAGAUUACUGAUGCCGAUCUGCAAAAGUACUGGAGAGCGGAAGAGCAGAAGAGGAAGGCACCUGGUGGUUAG